CAUCGACAACUGACAUUUUCCCUCUUCCUUCAAUUGAAAACUCCUCACAGCUGCUACUCUCCAAUUAUCAUCAGUGUUAUCACUCCCUAAAAAACUAUUAUUCUCUCGUGUGAUUGUUUAACGCAGCAGAGACUGCAUCUGGCGAAAUAUUCACUCUUCAUUCCGAGGGAUUCAGUCCACUGGAGCUUGUCAAGUCCUCAAUUGAUCAUCGAUUUCCUGGCGAAUUCUCCGUUGUGCUCACAAAAAUGGCACUGAACUUGUGAUUCUGCAUUUGUGGCUGAUGAUGGGAUAAAGACAAUAAUAUCAAAAAACUAUUGUUAAUAAACUGCGACUGGCACCGAUGGUCGGAGUGGACCGAUGAGCAAAUAAGCUUCAGCGAAUUAUUUCGUGACCAACUUCUGGCUAGUGAUUUAAAUACCACCGUCGGGGGGGCGAAAGGAACUAGAGUCUAGGGGGUUUCCAUGACAACCAAUCGAGCAUUCUGUCAAAACAAAAUUUUCAGGGGCGACGAUUAUUUGAAACAACGGGAGAGAAACACGAGAGUUUGUUUCAGAUUAUUGACCAAUAAUAACGAUAACAAUCGGAUUCGAGAGGUUUUGGGGGGUACAAUGACGAAUUUCGUGCAGAGUGUUCAUAUAAGAGAUGGGGAAUAUACGAAAACAAUUUACACAAUGAUUAAGGAGCAGAAAUAUGCCGAGAGUAUGCAGAUACUGUCGGAGUUGUUGGUGACACAUUCAGAAUCACGUCCCUGUUUAUCCCUCCUCGCCCACUGCUACUUCUACACCCAAGACUUCCUGGCAUCAGCCGAAUGCUACGAAAAGCUCAUCCAGCUCUGCCCAGACGAGAGCAUCUACCGACUCUGGUACGCCCAGUCUUUGCAUCAAGCAUGCAUGUACCAGGAAGCCUGGACCGUCUGCGCGAGUAUCGCGAGCAGCAGUAAACUCGAGUCCAAAGUGAAGAAAUUGCAGGCGGCUAUUAAAUACGGACAAGAAGACAUUCUCGCUGUCAAGAGUCUGAUCGACCAGUGCAACACCGACGACGCGGACACAGAAGUCAAUCUCGGAUGUUUGAUGUACAAAGAGGGGGAGUACGAGAAAGCUCUGAAGAAGUUCCUGGGGGCCCUUCAGAUAACCGGGUUCAAGCCUCACUUGUCUUACAAUGUCGCUCUCUGUUAUUACAAGUUGAAGGAGUAUGCAGCUUCUCUGAAGCAUAUUGCGGAUAUAAUCGAGCAAGGAAUACGCGAACACCCGGAGCUAAGCGUUGGAGUGACAACAGAAGGAAUUGAAGUUCGAAGUGUGGGAAAUACUCUGACUCUCCACGAAACCGCCCUCACAGAAGCAUUUAAUUUAAAGGCUGCAAUAGAGUAUCAACUCCAGAAUUUUGACGCUGCCAGAGAAGCUCUAACAGACAUGCCUCCGCGCUCCGAGGAAGAGCUGGACGCCGUUACUCUCCACAAUCAGGCCCUCAUAAAUAUGGACACGAAACCAGCUGAAGGAUUCGAGAAACUACAGUUUUUACUGCAGCAAAAUCCAUUUCCCCCGGAGACAUUCGCUAAUUUAUUGAUAUUAUACUGUAAAUAUCAGUAUUAUGAUCUUGCCGCUGAUGUUCUUGCUGAGAACGCUGACUUGACGUGGAAAUAUUUGACUCCUUAUCUGUACGAUUUUCUGGAUGCCCUGAUAACCCAGCAAACCGCCCCAGAGGAAGCCUACAGAAAACUCGAUGACCUAGCUAACAAGCAUUGUGAGGCCCUGCGUAAAGCGACGAAACAGGUUCAAGAGGCUAGACUAAAUCACGACGAGAAUGCCACCAAGAAAGCUGUCAACGACUUUGACGAGGUACUGGAGCGUUAUGUGCCGGUGCUAAUGGCGCAGGCGAAAAUCUAUUGGGAUCUGGAGAACUACGUGCAAGUCGAGAAGAUAUUCCGCAUGAGCGCUGACUUCUGCAAUGAUCACGAUGUCUGGAGACUCAAUGUCGCGCAUACGUUGUAUAUGCAGGAGAAUAAGUUCAAGGAUGCCACGGGAUUUUAUGAGCCUAUUGUCAAGAAGAAAUAUGACAAUAUUCUAGACACAAGUGCAAUAGUACUAGCCAAUCUCUGCGUCAGUUACAUCAUGACAUCGAAGAACAACGAGGCAGAGGAACUGAUGAAAAAAAUUGAAAAAGAGGAGGAAACUGUUGCCUUCGAAGAGCAAGACAGGAAGCUGUUCCACUUGUGCAUCGUCAACAUGGUCAUCGGGACCUUGUACUGUUCAAAAGGGAAUUACGAGUUCGGUAUAUCGAGGGUGAUGAAGAGUCUGGAGCCUUACAACAAGAAGUUGGGGACAGACACCUGGUUCUACGCGAAGAGAUGCUUCUUGUCGCUUUUGGAGCAGUUGGCGAAGCAAAUAGUCGUCCUGAAAGACUCCAUCAUCCAGGAGUGCAUACAAUUCCUAGAGCACUGCGAGGUUUACGGGAGGGAUGUGCCCACUGUCAUUGAACAGCCAUUCGUGUUCAAUGAACUGUCGACAAUUCCUCAGGGGAAGCAGACAGUCACGUACGAGGCGAGAUAUUUGAAGGCAUUAUUUUUAAAAAUUCAAAUGUCGUAAGAAUAAAACGAAUUUUCAAUUCUUGAUGAAGAUCAAAUUGCGAGAGGACUUUUGGAAGAAUUUAUUUCGACUAAAAAUGACGUGAUAGAACGAAUUAAAAAGUUGAAUCAGGGGAAGUGGAGGUAAAAUGGGCCAUAUUAAAUUAUCAAUAUCUUUUGACUAAAUGGUACAAUUUGAAGGGAUCAGAUCUUAUUUUAAAUCUCGAAAAAAUACCUUUAAAAUGAAAAAAAAAUCGGCCAAUUUCACGCUGCCAAUCUCGAGUAAUUUUUUGUAUUGUUAAUUUCGAGUAAUUGAUUAAAAAAAGUUUGUUUCACCCACCACUCAGAAUUGAAUGUAAUUGUUGACUUCAUUUA